AUGAAGUUGCUACUCCUCAUCGCAGCCACUUGCUUAACAGUAUUUGGGUCAAAAAAGUCAUCUAAGGAUGAUUUGUCCAAUGGGUUCCGUACUGAAAUAGAUUGGGUGGCAUGGGAUAAGGCAGUUGGAGUAGCGAAGGAUCUCAACAAACCGAUUUUCUUCCUUAUUCACAAAACCUGGUGUGGAGCAUGUAAAGAUAGUCCGCAGAAUGCUUUGUGUAACGCUUUGUAUGAAAAGAAUGCUUUGUAUACGAAAGAAUUGGCAAAAGGAGGGUAA